AUGAUGGGCAGCAGGUCGUACACCCUCUACAUACUGAACCCGAAGGUGACGUCAUCCUACAUGUACGCCUACGACAACGAGCACCGCUCCUGCCCCGGGGGCGUGUACGUGUCCCAGGUCCACCGCUAUGCGUUCUACGACCUCUCAGCCAACAUCACGUUCUACGGCCCGGGGCCGGGCGGCAAGGGGCAGGUGCUGUCCCACAGCGCCCCCUCGCUGCGCCACUACCGCCCCGAGGUGGCCGCCAGGGCGGUGGUGCCGGACCUGGCGGCGCUGGCCUGGGGCGCCGCGCGUCACCUGGCGUGGCCGCCGCUGCACGGCGCUGACGUGGCGUACGCGGCCAGGGUGGAGGUGCACAUCAUAUACAUGCACCAGGCGUGA